UUAUUUCCCAUUCAAGAACUCUUUCAUGUAUUACAUUGUAAACAUGGAAAAUGUCUACCCAAAUAUUUUUGUUGUGUAAAAAUAUACAUUACUCAUUGAAACGCGCAACAAAUGUUUGUAGUUGAAGUGUAUCCGAAAUUAUAUGACGAUAUUUGACCAUUUGUAUUUAGGAUCGAGAGAAUGACACCCGCAUGAAUAUAUUUUGGCGUCUUUACCAUAAAGUUUAUGGUGUCGUCAUCUGGUCGAUCAGAAGAGUGAAUUUGUAAACACAACAGAUCAAGGUGAACAAGUGCAUCAGAUUGAUCCAAGAUGUUGUUCGUCUUCCAUGUUGACACGGGAACCAUGAUGACCUUUGACAUGGGUCUCCUAGCAGGAAGUGUGGCAAAUUUACAGAGAGUGAUUAGCCAAGCAUGUCGUAUAUCAGAGGAGAAGCAGGUACUACUGAUCAGUGGGGGAGAGAGUCUGGACCCGAGCAUGCAGGUCCACAAGUACCAUUCAGGGACUGACACAAAUCCAAUUUACCUGUUCAGCAAAAUGGCAAUAGAGGCAGCUAACCCUCCAUAUCCUAGUGUGCACUAUGGUAUAGACGUGGAUAUUCCUAGUCAAGUUGAAGGUUCACUCCUUCUGCCCCCAACGUUUGGAACUGUUGUGGCCAGGUCUCAACUGGCUAUACAAAUUCAUGAAGUUGAUAGAGAGGAAGAGGAGGCUUGUGAGAAGCUGGUCCAUGACCAACAUCUACAACAGCAGGGCUGGGCUGCUGUUGUGGCAAACAUGGAGGACAUUACUAGUGCCCUGAAAAACAGAUCGGAUGUAUUCUCAGAAGCCUACACCAGUUACAUGUUGUAUCGUGAGGAUUACAUAACAACUCUCUCCAGUGUGGCAUCUUCGGUAGAUCUCCUUUCAAAAAUACCAGUUUUACCCUGUCUUCUGUAUCCUGUGGAGGAAGUUUCCUUGUCAAAUAAAAACUUGUUUGAUUGGAUAACUACACAGGAUCCCAAGCACAGCUUACACGACAUGGUACACCAGUGUUUGAAAGCCACAGAACAGUUAAAUCAGCUGAUACUGGAUAACCUUAUGUUGGAAGUUGAAGACACCUUCAAACAGGUGGACAACCCCUGCAUGAAGGAGGUCAAGGGCAUUGAGGAUAGGUUGUAUGGCUUGGACCAGAUAUUGAAUGGAGCCAGGAAAAUUGUACAAGAACAAAGUGAUCUGGCACAGGCAUUAUACCAGAAUCAGACACGGGUCAGCAAGCUAAGGGACACCUCCAUCCUCCCUGAUCUGUGUAACAGUCACAAAAAACAGUUAGUGGUGAUGGUCAACAACCACAAAAAGCUUCAGGAAACCAAGAAAAAGUGUAAAAUGGCCAAAGAAGAGCUGUCAGUGAAUCUUCACACCAGACUGAGAUGGGUGAUGCUGGUGGAAAAGCGGAUCUGUGAUGUGGAUGGGAAGCUGAUGAUUUACCACGAUAAUUUGAAACGACUUAGAAAGAGGUUAGACAUUCUGAAGCAAAUCCACAAUGCCCCACAGAUGUAUGCCAAACUAGUGGUAGAGGUGGUCCGAAGAAGGAAGUUCUCUACUCAGUUCUUAAAGUGGGCAUCACAUUUAGCUGUGGAAUCGCAACAUGUACAUGAAGAUGAAGUAAAGAGAAGGGAAGCAUUCCAAAGAGAAGUUGGCAACCAUUUUCUUCAGUCACUUUUCAAUGGACUGGAAGAUUCUCCUUCAUCUUUUGCUACUGAGAAACCAAAAGUAUUUGAUCAACACCUGCCCCCAAUUACACCAGAUGAUGUGACCAUGCUCAGAAAUGAGGUUCCAGAACUUGCCAAUGAUCUACAGGUUCCUUUGGAUGUGUCAUUUUUGAUGAAGGAUGUGUUUUUUGAAAGGUCACUGUUUAAGUUUGAUGAGGCAUCUGGUCAGAAAAUGGCUACCUCAGACAUUGAGAUAAUCGACAACUGUGAUGAAGAAACCUUUUUGACAACAGAUCAAAGUCUUUCAUUAGAGCAUCAAGUUGCUAGCAGUGAGAUGGAUCCAAAUCUGUUGUUACAGAUUCAGAAAGAAAGUUGUGCAGACAAACCUGAACUUUUAAUGCCAAGAAGUCUUUCAGAAGAAUUGACAAAACAAAUGAGAAUUUGCAGUAAAGACAAAAUACCAAGUGUUGCAAGUGUAGAUAAUUUUACCAAAACUUAUCCAAGGGAUAGUGCAAUAAAAUUUGAAACUGAUGAUAGUGCCAAAAAGUCUAUGUGUCAUGUGGAAGCAACCAGUGAGUCCUUCGGAACUUCAACCUCCUCAGGAGAACAUUUAAAAUCUACAGAGAGUGAAUUGUCUGAACAAGAGAAAACGUCCGAAAGUGCUCCUUCUGGGAAGAAGCGAGUGAGGAGACAGACAGACCAAGAGAUGGAGACAUCACAGGAAUUCACUACAGCAGAUUUCUACAUUGAGGAUUCUAUGCCCUCCUCAAUAGCAGACUCUCCACCGAGUAAAGGAGACAAACAAAAAGCAAGACCAUUACUCCCAGAGGAGGAAGUGAAAAUUUUGGAGGUCAGACUUCAAGCUUUGACUUGUGAGCUAGAGGAGUCUAGAGGUAAACUUGAAAAACUUGUGAAUUUAUCACAAGAGACAUUGAGGCUGAAAUCUGACUUGUUGGAUUUGCAUACAUGUGUUAAAGAAAAUAAAAAUGUUGUGUCAUCUGAGAUGACAAAUACACAAACCACCUUGCUGAAGGCUAUUACAGAAAGUCUUCUUUCAAUUCAACAGAAUUUUGACAAAGCUAAGAGAGAGCUAGAGGAGGAGAAAGAAAAAUGUUUGGAAAAAGAGGAAAUAAUUGCUCAGUUUCAUGAAAAGGAAACACUGUUUCAGAAGAAGCUCUCUGAAAAUGAGUCUGAAGUUUCAAACCUACAUAAUACUAUUGAAGGAUUAAAACAAAAUUUGAUAGACUUGGAAAAUGAAAAAGUAAAAGAAAAGGAAACUAUCGAAAAAGAAAAGGAGAAAUUGAUAGAAAAGCAUAAAAAUGAGAUUGAAGAAAUCAACAAAGAAAACUCACUUGAACUGGAAGUUGAGCUGGAUAAACUAAGGUCAGAGUUUCAGGAACAGAUUUCAGAAUUGGAAAACAAUGUACAUGAACAUGAAGCUGUUCAAGCCAAACUUAAUGAAAAAAUCACCAGUCUGUCAACAGAGAAGAGCAGAGAGGAAGAAAAGUUAUUUUCUCAAUUCCAACAGGAAAAAAAUGACAUCACAAAGAUACUCCAGGCUGAGUAUGAAGAGAAAUUGAAAAAGGAAAUGCUGGAAUGUAGAACAUCUCUGGAUGCUAAACACAAAGAAGAGACCAAGGCAAUGCAAAAAUUGCACAAUGAUGCACUGGACACUAUGAUAAAGGAUCAGAAAGAAUUGUUAACAAAGGAGAAGGAUGAUGAACUUGAAAAACUCUCUGAGCAAUUGAAUUCAGAAUUUGAAAAGUCAUACCAAGUAUUGAAAGAAACUAUUGAGGAAGAUCAUAAAAAAGCUUUGAUAGAUUUCAUGUCUCAAAGUGAACAAAAAUACAAGGAGGAAAAACUUCAUAAUGAAGGAAUAUUUGAAAAACAAAUUGAUGAACUUCAACAAAAGCUGAAUAUAUUUACAGAGAAAAAGUAUUACCAUAAGGAGUCACAGACAACUUGCAAGGAAAGCGCACAGCAAGAAGUCCAAACAGAUAUACUAGAUACAACCCAAACAGCGAUACAAACAGACCAGUGGCGAGGAGUAGAGGUCAAAACACAGACUGAAACUACGCUUGUGAUGCAACGGGAGGCUCAGACAAGCCUAUCUCUGACUAUUGGAAUGGAAGUAGAUACACAGACAGAAAUGGCAGCAGUUGUACAGCAAGAGGCCCAAACCAACUUAUCCAUGCAGGAUGGGAGAGAGAGAAACACCCAGACAGAUAACCCAGUGAUCGUUCAGCAAGAAAUACAAACAAUCCUUUGUAUGAAUGUAGAGGAAAUGGACACAGAAACACAGACUGAAAUUACAGAACAAAUCCCUCAAGGAAUACAAACAAGCUUGUCUCUGGAGAAAACUUGUGAGGUGUCAGAAAUGGAGACUCAGACAGACAGUAGACAAGUCAUACAGCAAGAGAUUCAGACAUCUUAUGAAGUAACAAACAAAGGAACAGAGCAAAAUGAAGAAAAGGUUAUUCAGGAGAAGGAGAUUCAAACCAAUGCAGGUGACAAUGAGACAGCUAUCAGCACUCAGGAACACAGAAACCAGAUGGCAUUUUUGGAAGUAAGACUUACAGCUGAAAAAGACAAGGCUCUGAUAGAAAUGAAGCAAAAGUGUGAAAGAGAUAUUUCAGAGAUAAUCAGCAAGCUGGAAAAAGAAAAGUCAGAUUCCCUGACUGCCAUCCAUAACAGUUUACAAGCUGAAAAACAGGUAGCCUUUAAUGCAGCUGUGAUAAAACUGGCUCAAGAGAAAGACAAAGUUAUAGAGAAUCUUAGAGCAAAGGAAAAAGACAUGCUAGAACAACAGUCUUCUGAUCAAGAAACUAUUCUGAAGCUGAAUGAAGAGAGAAGUAAAUUGGAAGACAUCAAAGCAAGAGCAAUGUCUCGUCUCACUGAUAAGGACAGGGAAUUCAGUGCUGCGAAGCGUCAGUUAGAAGAUGAGCUAGCCAUGAUACGUCAACAGCUCUCUCAGUAUCAGUCCCAACUACAAGUCAUGUCAGCUGUCUCAGUACCUUCAAUCAUGGGUAUCAGUCAGACAGAUGAAUUACCGCGGAUUGUAACAUUAGAAGAUAAUUUUCCUUAUCCACCAAAAGAGCCAAGAUUACCAGAGCUGAAGAACAAAACUGAAAAGAUUAUGGAACUACAACAGAAACUGAUGGAAAUGUCCAUGACCUCAAGUACUAGGAACAUUGCUGAAGACAAAGUAUCCAUAACUAGCUGUAAUGUUGGGGACUUGGCUCUCUUUUGUUUGGAUGACCGACAUGACCAGUACGUGGUGUUCACUAUAGGAAGUACUCUUCACUUUCUCCAUACCGACUGUCAAGAAAUCUUAGGUCUGAAACCCAAUCCCGGUGAAACUAAAAAGUCAUGGGUACUAGCAGAAAUUAUUGAGAAGGAGUACUGUCAGGCCAAGAAGCCACAGAACAGAUUCAAGGUACCUGUUGGGACCAAGUUCUACAGAGUGAAGGCCAAGCCAUGGAAACCUGAAAGUGGGGCAAGGGGAACAGCAGUGGCCAACACUUGAUGAGAGCAUAUCACAUAGAUAGUUUUUUAUUCGUUAUGGAGAGUGGGGCAAGAACAUAUGACAAAAGAUAGCUUAUUCUUCAGCCCAUGCCUGUUGGACAGUACAAUAAAAUGUAAACCAAAAUUCAUGUCUCAUUUUAGUCACUCCCAAUAUAAUUUACAAGCAGUAUCAAGAACAAAAAUGUAUACUCUGAAUACACAAACUUUAUUUCAUCAUUAAACUCCAUAAUACAUGUACAGAAUUUAGCCAUACAGCUUCUUGGAAUGUUACAAAAUAUAAUUUUUAAAGUUGUUUUUUGGUGGGGUUUUUUCAUCAGUACAUAUUCUGAAGUUAAUCAUUAUUUUCCCUGUGAAUAAAACUCUGUACUCAUGUAUACAAUAUCACAGUAUAGCUUGUACAUAUGUUUGCUUCUUGUGAAAUGGAUCAUUUUUGAAAUUAUAAAGCUAGUUUAAUUUUAAGCCACUUUAAUUCAUAAAACUAAUCAAAGUUUUAAGCCAAUCCAUGUUUCUUCCAUACAUACAAUAUACAGUGUAUAGUAUAUUACAUUUUUGUUGCAUUAUUCUGAACAGAAAACAAAGCAGACAUGAAUUUGUGAUAUAUAAAAUUUGCUAUGAUUGUGAUUUAAAAAUGACUGAUUUUCAUGCAAGACAAUACAGUGAAACUUCUCUAAACUGGCCGGCUCUCGGACUGGAAAAAACGGCCGGUUUGGAGGGAUGGCCGGUUAACCAAGAAUUUAGCAUUUUGAAAAAUUUCAUCUCAAUAUUCACAAAGUAGGUACUGUUCCCUUUCUUCUGGUGAUCUAUGAUCAAUUAUUGGCGGAGAUCAAAUUAGUCCACUUGUAUCUACAGGUAAUUAUACAUAUGUAAUUAACAAGAAAUAUUCUCAUUAAAAUCAUCUAAUUUUUGUUUUGACGUUUUUAAAAGUACAGUAGUAAAUAUGAAAUUUUAAUUUGCAUAUUUCUUAGGAAGGAAUUUUAAGUCUAUGGAAACCAAGAAAGUUAUCUUUUAAUAAUUAUCAUUAACAGUCAAUGAUUUGUUUUCUUUAUUAACUACUGCUUAUAUCCAUAUGAUGGAAUGGUGCAACAAUACGACAUUUGAUACUGUAUUCAUUCAGUAUGUUCCUAACCGUUUCAUACAUUUUGUGCAGUAUUUGGAAGGGUCACUUGGUUUAGCCUAGUGUCACUUAACACCCUUGAAAGCACAGGUAAACAAUAGAAAAUCCAGUGGAUGAUUUCCCACCAGGCAUGUUGGUCAGUCCAAUUGCACACCUGGCCGAUCUUGAUCACCUUCUGGUAAAAAUUUUCUUCUCUUCAAAAAGUGGCUGGUAUGAUAAGGGUAAAUUACACGUUUGUUAACAAAUGUUCUUUAAAAAGUGGCCGAUGUCCGGUUUUCAGGGGCCGACUUUAAGUUUUGUAAGACUUUCUUUGUAAGGAAAUGUUAAGAUUUCUGCCGGGACUUUAAAAAUCGGCCGAUAUUCAGGGAGAACCGGUUUUCUGAGGGGCCGGUUUGGAGAAGUUUCACUGUAUUGCAUAAUGUGUUGUUAUGGAAUAAAAAUAAAAUACAUG